AUGAAAAGGUUCUCUGUUUUUGGCUUGGCAGUUGUAUUUUUGUCAUUGGGGUUCGUUAACUCAGAGCUUGAGGGUUACAGGCUCAGCUUGGACGACCCUAAAGAAGACGUUUUUAAAGUAAAAACCACCCAGUUUGACAACGUUUCCUACAAACAUUACGCGCCUUUGAAGCAUAAAUAUGCAGUUACAGUCUUCGAAUCGGAGAAUAAAGUCUGGGAAUCAGACGGUUUUGGAACGUGUGUAUAUGCCCUGUUGGCAUACAGGAAACAACUGCCAUAUUUGCUCUAUUUUCAAGUUGACUCAGGGCACACGCUUUUUAAUUUAUACUACGUAAAGGAAGAGAAUCAGUGGAAAAAAAUUGAUAUAGUUGACUAUUGCAAUCUUUUGAAGGAAGUUAAAAAUGAAGUUAGAGUUAAUGGAAUAUUUGGUUUUAACCUGUUUAACGCAGUAAAUAAUAGCAUGGUAUCGGUAGAAAAUGAGUCGGAAGAAGCUCCUUAUACUCAGUAUACGUCAGCAGUAGGUUAUUUCGCCUCUCACGUGUACUUUAAAAACCAGAAGCUUUGGAACGCUAAAAAAGAAGGCGAAAGAUGUUCCGCAGCCUUUUGUUACUCACAUUUAAAUGAAUAUUACAUGAUAAGGCUCCUGAUAACAAAUGCAGAUGAGGAGUCGAAAUUGGAAACCUAUUUCAGUCUAAAGAAUAAAUGGGUACACGUCCACACAUUGGAAGAAGUUCAUGAUAAAAAGUUAUAUGUCCAGAAACCAGAAUCAUUUAAAUAUCCAAAUUAUACUUUUACUUGUAAACCCUUGUCAGUUUCCAGGGUUGAAACAUUUCCCAUGGAAGUACAGGAGCCAGAUCACUUAACAGAGCCGUACUUUGACUUAACCGAUGAGUUUUACAAGUAUAAGGUACAGAAUCAAGAUACGGAUAAUACAUUUGGAUUUCAUGAUCAUGUGCAUUCUUAUGACUAUGUUGACUACGUUGAAUCUGCGUGUCAAGAACCUUACUAUGAUUUAACAAAUGAAUUUUACAAAUUUAAACUUCAAACUCAAGAUACUGACGAUACUUUCGACAGUAGAGAUUUGAGUACAAAAUUGGAUAUAUCAUUGACGGCGAUAAAUUUGUUUACACAGUUGAGAUGUGUUGAUAAUGUGUUUUAUAAGUUAUAUAACCCAACGUCUGAUACAGUAGUGAGAACCGUAGUUGAUUGUAAGACUGAGGUUUGGAAAGCAAAAUCUGAGUCUGAAAGAUGUGUGCAUGUGAUGGCGCCUCAGAAAGAGGGUCAACACAUAGCUCUUUACCUAUUAUUAGAAUUGGGAAAUGAGUUGAAAAGUUUAUUUUUCGAAAAAUCUGAAGGGGAAUGGAAGAGAACUAACCUGGAACACUAUAAAAACAUCAUUGACAAUCUUAAGAAGAAUAUUGCCACUGAUGAUAUAACAAUAAAUUUAAACUCUAAAAUAGAAUCAAGUCUAUACUCAGUAGAAUAUAAGCUUGGUAAAACCCCUUGCAUACUUUAUCUUCCCAGGUUCGGAGCGACGUGUCACAGGGUAGUUGACGGAGUUCAGACCAUUUGGGAACCUUUAAACCCAUUUGACAGGUGUGUCGCAGUUUGGGCAUAUGACAGUUGGGGUAAAUCUUACAUGGUAAAGUUAUUAGUCCAGUUGAGUGAUGACACCUGUGAUGUCCUCUCAUACAUUAAUGUUGGGAAUAAAUGGGACCUGUUUAACUCAUUUAAACGCUCAUUUGCCAAUAAACUCCCCUUCAAAAAACCAGUAGACUUUUAUAACCCCGAAUAUCUCUUCAAUCAAGAUAUUCGUCCAUAUCCACAACACACUCACUCCCACUCAGCUAGUGAAACUACAACACACUCCGUAACACCUGGUGAAACAACUGGUUCAAAAGUUGGUGAAAAAACUGAACCGGAUUAUGUGAAUACAAAAUUAUCAGAAGCAUUGGAUAAUCUGAGCUUACACUCUGAUGAUUCUACUCACAGUGUUACUGAUAGUGUUACUCACAGUGUUACUCACAGUGUUACUCAUAGUGUUACUAAUAGUGUAGAUUAUCCGAAAGAUGUAUAUAAUAUAUAUUUGGAUUCUGAUGAUAAAGAUGAGACAAACGUUCCUGGAGGUGCUGAAGUGAAAUCUCCGGUGCCUAAUUUAACUGAUAGAGCAGUUCAGAACGCAGUAGUGGAUAAGAUUUGUAAUAGAAAAGCAGUGUCGCAAAAGUAUAAAAUAUAUUACAGACCAAUUUCAGCAAGUGAUUGUGUAUAUUUGGACUUGUCAUCUCCGAUGAAUAUGAGUAGUUACGAAGUUGUCAGAGCUGAAUUUGAUGGUAGAUUGUCGUUACUCACGUAUAGAGCACUGCCGGGAAAAUACUUCAGUGCUGUUUAUGAGGGUCACAACGUCAUAUUCCACGGAGAUCAUACGACCCACGUAUGCUAUGAGUUUAAUGUAUACCUUAAAAAUAAAGCCUCGUACCUGGCAGAUGCACUUGUCAGAGUUAAGAACGAAGAUGUGACAUUACAUCUGAGAAAAAACAAGGAUAACUGGGAAUAUAUUGACCAGGAGACAUUUAUGAAUUCUGUGAAUGUUUUGAGGAUUUCACAGGCCCCUUUUAAAUUUGUUGAAACACGUUAAGAUGUUUUAAAUUCGGCUGAAUAUUUUGGAAUCAUUUGAAUUGUUUUGGUAAAUCGC